AAUUCAUUCUAAAGAUAAGAUCUUUCCAGAAAUUGUUGGGGUUUUUAAUACAUUUAAAGAUUUGUUCCUUUUUGUGUGUGUUAAUUUGGGAAAGUAAAAUAGUAAUCUUCACAGGGGAAGGAUUAUAAUGUACCUGAUAGCCAUAAACUAUAUCUCUGGUUUGGAGAUCAUUUGAGAUUAUCCUAGAGGCAGAGGCAUUGUGAUAUAUGCUCCACACUGGAAUCAUAACUGUUCAAAGAGCAUGAAGGAACACUCUUCAGGAGAUGAUGAGAAAAACAGGAGCGUUCUUGAAAGUUCAGCCAGCCAUUUGAGUCAAAAGAUCUUGGAGAAAUCAUUGGCUAGAUGGAAUCCUGAUGAAGCACGUCGACCAAUCAUAGAUGAAGCUCCUGUAUUCUUUCCAACAGCCGAGGAGUUUGAAGAUACCCUUGGUUAUAUUGCAAGCAUACGCCGAAAAGCAGAGGGGUAUGGCAUUUGUAGGAUCAUACCUCCUCCAUCUUGGAGUCCACCUUGCCUUCUUCAAGAGAAGAGUGUGUGGGAAUGCGAGUUCUCGACACGAAUCCAGCAAAUCGAUUUGCUUCAGAAUAGGGAGCCAAUGAGAAAGAAACGGAAGCGAAAGAGAAGACGAAGGGGAGGACCAUCAAAGGCAAGAUCAUCUGCUAGGAGAUGUGCACCAGGCUCUGCCAAUGAAGAUAAGUUUGGGUUCCAAACGGGACCCAACUUCACGCUGAAAGAAUUUCAGAUAUUUUCUGAUGAGUUUAAAAAGCGUUAUUUCGGGAUGAGAGAUGGGAAAGAAGGAAUAAAAGUUAGGAGUGGACCUGACAGUGAAUGGGAGCCCUCUAUUGAAGAUAUUGAAGGUGAGUUCUGGCGCAUUGUUGAGCAGUCAACAGAAGAAGUUGAGGUGUACUAUGGAGCUGAUCUGGAAAGUGGGGUAUUUGGUGAUAGUGGCUUCCCCAAGGCUUCUUCCGAUCAAUAUGCGGCUUCUGGUUGGAACUUGAAGAACUUUGCACGUUUGCCAGGUUCUUUACUGUGUUUUGAAGAAUGCAACAUCUCAGGAGUAGUAGUGCCAUGGCUCUAUGUUGGAAUGUGCUUCUCAUCAUUUUGUUGGCACGUUGAAGACCACCAUCUCUACUCUCUCAAUUACUUACACUGGGGUGAUCCCAAGGUAUGGUAUGGAGUCCCGGGAAGUCAAGCUUCUAAAUUGGAGGAUACAAUGAGGAAGCACUUACCAGAUCUCUUUGAAGAGCAACCUUUCUUGCUUAAUGAACUUGUUACUCAGUUGUCUCCUUCAGUGUUGAAGUCAGAAGGAGUGCCAGUCUACCAUACAGUACAGCACUCUGGGGAGUUUGUUCUGACAUUCCCAAGAGCCUAUCAUUCUGGAUUCAACAGUGGGUUCAAUUGUGCCGAGGCUGUAAACGUUGCCCCUGUGGAUUGGUUAGAUCAAGGGCAAACAGCGGUUGAGCUCUACAGUAAACAACAUCGCAGAACUUCACUGUCGCAUGAUAAGUUGCUUUUGGGUGCCGCAAGAGAAGCUGUCCGGGCACUAUGGGAGCUUUUGUUUCUUGAGGAAGAAAGCCCAAGAAACUUGAGAUGGAAGAGUGUUUGCGGGCAGAGUGGAAUACUAGCAGAAGCAGUUAAGAAAAGGGUUCAAUUGGAAGAGGAAAGAAUAAAGCAGCUGUCUCCUCUUGUGUCUCUUCAAUACAUGGAUACGGAUUACAACCUGAAGGACGAGAGAGAGUGUUUUGAGUGCUUCUAUGACUUGCAUCUAUCUGCUGCUACUUGCAAUUGCACCUUAGAAAAGUUUGCUUGCCUUACCCAUGCAGACCACAUUUGCUCAUGUAAACCAGACAACAAAACCGUCUUUCUUCGAUACUCCAUGGAUGACUUCAAGAAACUGGUCAAAGCUUUGGAAGGAAACGCAGACGCAAUAAAAAUGUGGGCUUUCAAGGAUUCGUGUGCCCUGCCAGAUGAAGCAGCAAAUGAGGUGGUUAAAUGUGAAACCUGUUCUUUGGAGUGUGGGAGCACCAUGGGGAACGAUGACGACAGGUUUGAUCUCAAUGAGAACUGUUUGUCCAUUGAAAAUGAAGUUGGUUUGACACUUAUGUCCUUUAGCUCGAACAACACCACAGACACACAAAUCUCAGACAUUCUUGAAUCCGCAAGGGCAAGAGGAAGUGGCCAUUCAAAUGGAAUGAGGCUAUUCGGGUGUGAUAUCUCCGCAAGCCUUCCCUUUGAUGGAAAACUUAGAAAACGAGUUGCGGAUAGUUCAAUGAGGAGGAAUUCAAAUAAUUCAAGCUUUCAUGUUGACCCUUUGAACUAUGGGUCCAUAAAAUCUGGGAAGCUAUGGUGUAAUAAGUGGGCCAUAUUCCCUAAAGGAUAUAAAAGUCGUUCCUGGUUUUGUAAUGUGCUAUAUCCAAGAAAAUAUAGCAGCUAUAUAUGUGAGAUCUGUGAUGGUGGACUGCUUGGACCUCUAUUUAAGGUUACUUUGGAAGACUGUCCUACAGUAAGCUAUACAUGCGCAUCACCCGAGAAAUGCUGGGAAAUGGUGGUUGAAAAUUUGAAUUCUGAAAUGAUGAGGCAAGCCGUUUUAGAGAAGUCAAAACUCCCACCCGCGCAUGAUAAAGUUAACGGGCUUGCAAUGUUUGGCUUAUUGUCCCCUCAUAUCAUUCGGGUGAUUGAAUCCCUUGAUCCGGGCCAUCUCUGCACGGAGUAUUGGAGCCAUAAGCAAACGGGUCUUUUGUCCGACAGUGACAUGGAAUCUGCACUGCAAAGGUUUUUCAAGAAAGCGAAUCCAGAGGAGUUGGGGAUGAUGCAUGAGAUAUUGUUGCGCGGGUCGGGUAGCCCGGGGUGGAAAAUCGCACUUUCUACCCUGGAUAAGAUGCAGAAGAAUAGGUGAAAGAGAACAUAGUUGAAUAGUUAUUAUUUCCUUUGUUCAUAAUUAGUUUCAUAUAUUCUUUGAAUAUAGGUCCAUUGUUUUUAUCUAAAGAAUAAAUGGAAUCUCAUCAUAAAGGCAGAUAUGUUUCCUGCAUAUAUAUAGAAAAAACAAUUUUAGCUUUUGGGCCUCCUUUUGUGUGUUAUAAGUGAAAAACAAUAAGUUGUGCUUUUGGGU